AUGGGUAGGAGAAAGAGAAGGAAUAAGGAUUCAAUAAGAGAUUAUAAUAUGAAUAUAACCUGGGCAUUGGAGGAUCUGAGCGAAAUUGACACAGAGAAGGAAAAGAGAAGAGUGGUGACGAAUGAUGCCGGCAUUCCAGAGACUUCAGUAAUCAGCCAAAAUGGUUUUCGCUUUGCGGAUUGGAGGAUGGAUUUUGGGAAGGAUUUGAAGGAACGGAGGGGGUUGGCGCUCAACCAGAGCAAUACCGGAUUGUUUCGCUCAGUAAUGAUGGUGAUCCACUGUGAUGUGGAUGACAUGACAUGA